AUGGCACCUAAAGAUUUUGUCAAUAUUGAUCGGAAUUACUUCAAUUCUCAAUUCAUGAAAAUGGAUUAUGAACGUGAAGAUGAUGGUGAAAUGAAUGUACUAAAUGUGGAACGGGCGUCAUCAAUCGAUUCCCUCGAACAAUUCGAUCUAAUUUCAAAUUCUAAUGAAAGUCUUCAGAUCAUAGGUGGAAGUCACAAGUGGUUAAAUCGAAAUGACAAUCUCCGCGUUGAGAAAUUUGUUGAUAAUUAUCAUCCGAUGAAUUUUUUUGUUCAAACAUCUGAUGAUAAUGAUUCAAUGGUUCGUAAGGUUUUAUCGACGAACGAUAUCGAAAUAAUUUUUAAAACUGAGUUCGAAGCCGAGGAGGAAGAUAAUAAUGAAGAGUCGAGUCUAAGUCAUAUGGACAUAUCCUUGAGUCACUUUGAUGUCCAACUUCAAGUGACUCACGGACAACUACAACCGGCUGUUCGUUACGGAGUCUUCUCCUCGAUCUUAAACCCUGAUAAUAGUUAUUUAACUAGCAAGAUUAGUUUGUUUAAAACUAAUCAAUCAUCUCAAACAACCGAUAUGGACAUGGACAAUGACGAGAAUCAUCAUGGAAAAACGAAUGGAUACUCCCAGAAUCGAAAUUAUAAUGAUGAUGAUGAUGAAUCUGAUCGGCGAAAUCGUCGAACCAAUAGUUCAUCGAACAACAAUGGAAACGGAAAUGGUGCAAAUCCAAAUCGAAAUAAUAACAAUUCAAGAAGAUCGAACGAUGACAAUGAUGAUGAUGGCAGCGACGAAAAUAAUGAUAAUGAUGAUAAAAAUAACAGCGACGAUGGUGAUACAGACGAGGAAAGUGAUGAGAACAUUGCUCGACGAUUAGGUUUCGUUCCGUUAGAUGAGGAAACUGUAAAUCUAAUCGGCCGUCUUCGUCAUUUAUCCAACAAACAAUUAUUUGAUCGACGAGAUUUUGAGAAUCUUCAAACAUUAAUCGAUGAGCUGAUUCGUCUUCAACAUUUAGAAACCUUUUCUAGAGACCAAUUAAAACGAGUCAUUCAUUAUUUAAAAUUACACCGUCCGUUACAAACAAGAUCUCGUGCAUUGAUCUUUCUUCAAGAACGUAUACCACGCCGUGCUGUUAAAUACAAUGUCAUCUCAGCGAGACCAGAAAAGAACGCCAAUGUCUUCAACAUCUGGCGUGAACGCGAACGACGUGCUCGAUUGGAUUCCAAAGAUAGUUUGGAAGAAGAAGGACAACAUACCAGUGGGCAAUUACGUGAUGUCGUGGAAAUUAACAAUCCAACACCACCGAUUCUUCUUUCAACAAAUUACGUAACUCCGCAUGUCACGACGAAAGUGAAACAAAUGGCCAAAGAUAUUGAUACGCGUACUGGAUCGACACGUUCGGAAAUUAAUCUACGAACUGGUGAACGCUUUAGUGAUCAUGCCUAUUUGCCCAGAAGUUCAUCCCCGACGUAUCCAGGUCUUGUUUCAGUCGCACUCUAUGAUGUCAAAUCGGCUAACUCAAACGAAGUUUUAUCAAAUGAAAAUCUUAAUGAGAUUCGAUCACGUCCAAAAGCACAGCUGAAUACAUCAAGUUCGGUAUCACCAACACCAUCGGAUCAUAGCCGAGUACGACAGAUGAUUGUUCGUCUUGAAUCGUCUGCAUCAUCGCCGUCGAACGCAAAAGUCGAGAGAAAAGUUUCCAUCAAAAAGCCACUACAUGAAGAUCAGUCUGAUACUGCACCAAGUCUAUCAUCAUCACCACCGAUUAAACGUGUAGCGAGACGAGAACUGCACGAGAAGAAAUUGAUCAAUUCAAAUGGUGUGAACAGAAGUGAUGAUGGAAUGGUUUAUCAAAUCAAUGAAUCAAACGACGAUGUUUUUUUCGAUAAUCACGGCCUCUCAACUGGAAUCAAAUUUGAGUUUACGAAAGAAGAUAUGGCUAAAAGUUGUCAACGAACAGCAAGCGGAGCAACUAUGGAUGAGUAUAUGACAACACUUCUUCCAGGAACAGAGACAUCGAUAUCCAUGGUCCGUGAUGUUCGUGCUUCUAUCUACGAAGAUCGAGCAUCGCUCUCACGAACGGAUAUCGAUGGUAUUCCAAUAAAAGUCGAUCUCGAAACAUUGUAUAUAUUAGAACAAAAAUCCGACAGAAAAUCUUUGCCAGCCACGAUCAAUCUUCAAGCAGAUGAACAGGAACAAAGUCGAUCAUCGUUGAGUGAUCGGCAAGACUUCUCUGCUCAAACAACGAUACCAAUAUCAGUCAUCAAACCUCCGCAUCGACCUAUUGGUACACAAGUUGACUCCACUGUUCAACAACAUACAGUUGCUGCACAAACAACUGAUUCGUUGCAUCGACCUGCUAGACAACGGCAACGUCUCUCAUUGGCAUCAUCUUCUUCGGAAGAGGAGACAAAGAAAAGUGUGACAUCGACAACAAUUAAAACGACCGCUCGCUACGAAAUCAAACGCCGCCAUUCUAGCCAUCAUGAUAGCCUCAAUGACAAUGAGAGUAACUCGACUGUUUAUAUGGAUGAAGUAACGAAAAAAGAAAGUCGUCAUCAUCAAGAAAACUUCGAGCUCAAACGCGAAAAACGUCAUUCAGCGAGCGAUGAUCACCUUCCAGUUGUACCUGAUCAGCGACCUUCAUUUGGCCAAGUCACAUCGCGUAUCCGAAUCGAUCAAUUACGUGAUAUCAAUCGUCAUGUCGUUCGUCGUCAUGUACAAGACAAUGAAACGACGGGUGAUGAACAUCGUUCGACUGAAGUCUAUGAAAUUCAUACACGUGGUGCCUGUAAAUGUCUCGUUCUUUCCUACGAAGAAAAAACUCAAUAUGGUGCUGAGACACGCUUUGAAAAACAGCUUCAUCGCAUCGAGCGAACCUAUACAAAUGAAGAUUUGAAAGCAACGGAGUUACAUGUCAUUACGACAUCAUCGGACGCUGAUUAUCAAUUGGUUCGACGCGAUUACGGUUUGAAUAAAUUAGAUGGCGAUAAUAAAGAAAAUGAAAAUAUCCAUGAUAAACCUAAACAACCAACAAUAGCUAUACAUUACUAUAACAAGGAAGGAAAUCGAAUAAAAACGGAACAUACAAGACGAAUUGAGCAUCUGCCAGUAGUUAUUCGAUGUGAAAUCGAAUAUGAACUAAAUCAUCAUGGUACUGCCCAAUUGAUUAUUCUAUCAGUUACAAAUAAUGAACGUCGUCAAAUGUGUACAUCAUUGAAGAAAGAAAUCGUCGAUGAAAUUGUUUCACGUUCCGGUGGUCGGCUAUCCGUAAACAGUCCUGAAUUAGAAAAAGAAAUUACACGACAAUUUGCAGAACCAACCAACCUCUUACGUCUAGUGGACUAUUCGACGCGUGAUGAUUGCACUCAAACCAAUUCCACCGAUUUACGCAGCGUAACACGUCUUGACGUCACAACAUCUCUACGUCUUGUACAACGUUAUCGUACAGUUGUUCAUCGUCUUUGUCAGCUAUAUCGUGCGCAUUUAUCUUUAACGCACCAAGCUGAACAACAGCGUCAUUUGAUUCUAGUAGCCAAUGAUGACGAAUACUACCUACUAGAUUUAGCUGCUCAUAUCGCAGGCUUAACAGCCAAUAUAUUAAAUAUUCGACAGAGACAACAUGAUAUAUUCAAACGUGAAGUUAAUAAUGCUGUUCAACAACCAUUCGAUUAUGCCAAAUAUCGCCGAGACCUGGAACAGCAGCAACGCAUACUUGAGCAACAAUUUCAACAAAAGCAAAUGGAACAAAAACGACAAUAUCAACAAACAUUCAAGGCAGGUCCACCACCGCCCGGACAUCCAUCUGAAGCAGAAUUCUAUCUCGGUUCAGAACGCCGUGCACUGAUCGAACGUGAAAUUCAUGCUAUGCGUGAAUCUAUUCGUCCACAUGAACAUGCUCCACCGCGUUAUCGACACGAACCAUAUCGUCGUUCAUUGUCUAUUAGCUACACAGGUGCACAGCGUUAUGUACGCGCUCGAAUUAUCCAUGUAAAAGAUUUCUAUGAUGAAAAUCAAGUACGCGAACAAAAAUAUAAGCCACAAGACGCUAAAGAACAAGAAUUGUUUGUUCGUGUUGAUGAUUACAUCAAUGAAUCGGCCGCAAAUACUUUACGUCGGUCUUAUUCAACGGACUAUCUACAGGAAGAUGGACCACGUUCUCGUGUUCGAUACAUACGCAUACCUGGAGAAACUAUUCGGGUGGAAGAAAAAACAACUUAUGACUACAAGGGAGUCAUGUACGCUAAUUUACCAUAUUCAUUGAGAUAUUGGAAUAUACUUUACAUUCUUGAUCGUGAAGCUCGUCAAGGUCGUCCUCUUGGCUCAUCUUUACCUCACGUCUUCGUCAAUGAUCCAUAUCGUACAGUCAUCCCGCCCUUAACUCAACAAGAAAUCCGUCAAACCGCUCAACAGAUACUCUCGCCACAAUACAAUGCAAAAUCAUACACAGAUCGAACGCUACGCUGGUUCCUCUCGCGAGACAAUCGCACUGAAAUCGAAUCAAACAAAUACUUGCAAACACUCGAUCAAUAUCGUUCGCAUCACCAACUACAGAAAAAACAACAACAACGUAUCAUGAACGUGCAAAAUGGUGGACAAGCAGGAGGAGCGAAUAAAUGUUACAUUACGGAAACACUUGUUCAUUAUGAAAAACUACCAGAUCGGCUCGUGCCAGUGCCAGUACCAGUGCCAACACCGAUAACGUCCAAUGAUCGAAGGUUAUCCAAAGAAAACCUACAUCGCAAAUCUCCGUUGUGUCCACGAAUACUUCAAGCACCAAAUUUUCCUCAAAAACAAUUACAACGCUCCCGAUCUCAACCGAGACAAUCACACGAUUCCUCAGUUGCAUCUCGCAGUUCCACUUAUCAACUAUCACAACCGUUGCCAUCAACGUUGUUAGAACCACAACGCAUUCAACUACCACCUAUGAAUAUACCUUUAUCUCGACAUCAAUCUGUACAUGAACUACAUGCCACACCAGCAUUUUCACACCCACCAUCGCCUACGCUAUCACUUCAUAAUUUAAAUUAUAAUCCACCAAAUGAAACUAUACAAUAUCCGAUUCGACGACCUGUUGCAUUUCAUAAUCGUUUUCCGACUCCACAUAAUCACAUUCCUCAGAAUCCAUUAUUUACAGAAAUAAUUGACAGUCAAACAGGUCGAAGAAUUUUAACGACCAGUCAAGAACAACUCCCGAGCGAAGUUCUCGGUCUUUUAGAUAAAUAUAAUCUCCGACAAUUUUAA